AUUUUUAUUAGAAUAAUCAAUUGAGGGCUUAUUAGUCUUUUAGGUUUAUUUUAUAUUUGAAAAUAAAAUUACGGUUCCUCACAUAACUAAUCUCAUCCGAUUAUUUCCUUUCAUGAACGUUCGAUUAGGCUUCUCUCCGGGAUUUCAUCAAAGCUUGAUUUCAUAGCCAUUUUCAUCAAAUCUUGAUUUCAUGGCGAUGGCUGGAAUCCAUGUCUCCAUCUUCAUCUCUAAUUGCGUCUCCAUAUAUUCCUCAAUCAACCACUUAUGUCAUUCCAUCAAAGCUUUAUUUCAUCGACAUUUUCAUCGAUCAACAUUUUGCGCCCUUGGUCGAACUACUUCUUUACCAACCGCACAAUGUAUGGUUUUGUACUUUUCACGAGAUAAAAGAAAAUGUUCUCUUAGAAGAAUCAAGUCUUUAGAGGUUGUGGCUGUUGAAGAAUCAAAAUGUCCUAAGAGCUUCUAUAGACUGUGCAAUGAGUUGUCUGGUCAUGAUAGCUUCAUUAGUUUGAAUUGUCCUUUGAACAAAUAGAAAUUCAUAACGUCAGUACUAUAUUAAUGUACUUGUUUUUUUGCUGCAUUUUUAUUUCCUAUGUAACGAUAUGUACAUUGUAAACAUGUUGAUGUUGCCUAUUUUUAAU